GACACCAUGUCCGCUCCAGUCUGGCUCAUCACCGCGGCGAGCAGCGGCUUCGGCAAAGCCAUCGCCGUUGAAGCUCUUUCCCGCGGCCACCAAGUCCUCGCCACCGCUCGCAACCCUGCCAAACUAGACGACCUCAAAGCUGCCGGGGCCAAGCUCUACGAACUCGACGUGACAUGGGACUUCUCCCGCAUCCAGGCCGCCAUCGACCUCAUGCACAAAGACGCUGGCCGUAUCGACAUCCUAAUCAACUCGGCCGGCUACAUCCUCGAAGGCGCACUUGAAGAGACAUCCCCCGAAGAAACCCUCGCCGAAUUCACCACCAACGUCUUCGGCAUGCUAAACGUGACCCGCGCCGUCCUGCCACACAUGCGCGCCGCCCACUCCGGCGUGAUCGCCAACUUCGGCAGCCUAGGCUCCUGGCGCGGCGGGCCCGCCUUCUCCAACUACACCGGCACGAAAUGGGCCUGCUCCGGCAUUUCCGAGUCCCUCUACGAAGAGCUCAAACCUCUGGGCAUCACCUGCACCGUCAUCGAGCCGGGCUAUUUCCGCACCGGUUUUCUCAACGCCGGAGCCCGGGUCCAAAGCGCCAAAGUCAUCGACGACUACACCAACACCGCCGCGGGACAGGUCCGCAACGCUCUCACCACUGUCGACAACAAUCAGCCUGGCGACGUCGUCAAAGGUUCCCGCGUCAUCGUCGAUGUCCUUACCAAGACUGGCGUGGCCGAAGGCAAGGACAUUCCGAUCAGAUUGGUGCUAGGCAAGGACUGUGUCGCGACCAUCAGGCAGAAAUGCGAGAGCACCCUCGCACUGCUCAAGGAGUGGGAACCUGUAAUCAGUAGCACCGAUCAUGACGCUUAACGCGUCCCAGAACCGACUGUGGUAGUUAUCAGGAAACAGAGUCGUUUCUAUGUCUCAGAACCGGCUGUAGUAGUUGUCAGCACUCAAAG